UCCCCCGGCGGCGUCGGGCGCCGCUCCGACUUCGGCCCGCCCCGCACGGGAGUGAAGGCGCCGGGCUCGGGCGGGCUGUGCUGCUGUUGCUCCCGCAGCCGCCGCAGCAGCAGCCGGAGGAGGAUGGAGCCGGGCAAGGAGCCCCGAGCGGCGGGAGAGAAGCCGGGCGAGCCCGAGCCGGCCGUGUCCUUCCAGGCCCGGCUGUGGAAGAACCUGCAGCUGGGCAGCAAGGGCCGGAGCGGCGGCGGCGGGCGGGCGGCAGCCGAUCGUCGCACUGCGGAGCCCCCCGCCCCACCGGCCGGCGGCAAGGCGGACCCGCUGCCCCCCGCCCGCUGGGCCGGCUUCAGGCGGCGGCGGCAGGUGCUGGACCGCGUCUUCUCGUCCUCCCAGCCCAACCUGUGCUGCUCGGCCGCCGAGCCGCUGGAGCCGGGCGGCGAAUCCGGCUUCGCCCUGCGCCGGCUGCGCGAGCACCUGCUGCCCCAGGGCAAGGGGCCGCCUCCCGCCCGCCGCGAGGGCCCCGCCGCCGCUCCGCCGCCCCCAGCGGGACCCAAGGCCGGCGGCGAGGAGGGGCACCGCGCCGGGAAGGAGGGGCGGCGGCCCGGGGCGCACCUGUCCCACCAGAAGAGCUCCUCGCUGCCCAGCACCGCCUGCCUGGAGCAGCUGCUGCACGGCUCGCCCACCGCCGGGCGGAGGACGGAACACCGGGCGGAGGAGGCCGACGGCGACGCGAAAACAAGUUCAGUUGGACCUAGUAAUGCAGAUUUUCCCUCUGGGGAUCCCGGAAUGUACCAACUGGACAUUACUUUAAAGAGAGGACAGAAUUUAGCAGCACGAGAUCGUGGAGGAACCAGUGAUCCAUACGUCAAGUUCAAACUUGGAGGAAAAGAAGUGUUUAGAAGUAAAACAAUACACAAGAACCUCAAUCCUAUAUGGGAAGAAAAAACUUGCAUUCUUAUAGAUAACCCAAGAGAACCCUUGUAUAUAAAGGUUUUUGAUUAUGACUUUGGACUUCAAGAUGACUUUAUUGGUUCAGCGUUUCUGAAUCUUGCAUCAUUAGAAUUAAACAGGCAAACAGAUGUUACCUUGAGCCUGAAGGACCCUCAUUACCCUGACCAUGAUUUGGGAAAUAUUUUAUUAUCAGUUCUGCUGUCUCCUAGGGAAGAACAACGAGAAGUGACAAUGCUAAUGAGGAAGAGUUGGAAAAGAUCAAGUAAGUUUCAGACCCAGAGCUUACGUCUCUCAGACCUGCACAGAAAAUCUCAGCUAUGGAGAGGAAUAGUCAGCAUUACCUUGAUAGAAGGCCGUGAACUUAAGGCAAUGGAUGCAAAUGGACUAAGUGAUCCUUACGUGAAGUUCCGGCUGGGGCAUCAGAAGUACAAGAGCAAGAUUAUGCCAAAAACUUUGAAUCCUCAGUGGAGGGAGCAGUUUGACUUUCAUCUCUAUGAAGAACGAGGUGGAAUUAUUGAUAUUACCGUGUGGGACAAAGAUGCUGGCAAAAAGGAUGAUUUUAUUGGCAGAUGCCAGGUUGACCUGUCAACCCUAAGUAAAGAACAGACUCACAAACUGGAGAUGCCACUGGAGGAAGGGGAAGGAUGCCUGGUGUUGCUGGUCACUCUGACAGCCUCAGCGGCUGUCACCAUCUCUGACCUCUCUGUCAACUCCUUGGAGGACCCGAAGGAGCGAGAGGAAAUACUGAAGAGAUAUGUAUGGAGUUCUCUUUUGCCUUUUGUCUGUGAAAUGUUUGCUUCUAUAAAUACUAAGUAUUGGAGAAAGAAGUCUAAAUACUAUAUCCCAUGCAUCCUUACCAUGUUCAUAGGUAAAAGUGACCCAUUUUGUGUAGUUGAACUGAACAAUGACAGACUGCUGACUCAUACUGUCUACAAGAACCUCAACCCAGAAUGGAACAAGAUCUUCACAUUCAAUAUUAAAGACAUCCACUCGGUGCUUGAAGUGACAGUUUAUGACGAGGACCGCGAUCGGAGUGCUGACUUUCUAGGCAAAGUUGCGAUACCGCUGCUAUCUAUUCAAAAUGGUGAACAGAAAGCCUACGUCUUGAAAAACAAGCAGCUGACAGGGCCAACAAAGGGGGUCAUCUAUCUUGAAAUAGAUGUGAUUUUUAAUGCUGUGAAAGCCAGCAUACGAACCUUAAUGCCCAAAGAACAGAAGUACAUUGAAGAGGAAAACAGACUGUCUAAACAGUUGCUAUUAAGAAACUUCAUUCGCAUGAAGCGUUGUGUCAUGGUGCUCAUAAAUGCCGCCUACUACAUUAACAGUUGCUUUGACUGGGAUUCACCCCCAAGAAGUCUUGCUGCUUUUUUGGUAGUGGAGGACAUGCUAGAGGACGAGGAAGAAGAGGAUGACAGAGAUGACAAGGACAGCGAGAAAAAAGGAUUUAUGGAUAAACUGUAUGCCAUUCAAGAGGUGUGUGUCAGUGUCCAGAACAUCCUUGAUGAAGUCGCUUCCUUCGGAGAAAGGAUAAAGAACACAUUCAACUGGACUGUCCCAUUCCUGAGCUGGCUGGCAAUUGUUGCCCUCUGUGUGUUCACAGUCAUCCUCUACUUAAUUCCACUGAGAUACAUUGUCCUUGUCUGGGGUAUCAAUAAAUUUACAAAGAAGCUUCGAAGUCCAUAUGCAAUUGAUAACAACGAGCUACUUGACUUCCUGUCCAGAGUUCCUUCAGAUGUGCAAGUGGUGCAAUAUCAUGAACUGAAACAAGAUCCCAGUCACAGCCCAAGCAAGAGGAAGAAAAACAAUCCUGGCUAGAAACUAGCAUCUUCUGGGGGACGACAAAAGGAGAAGCCUAUAGCCUAAGCAGCAUUUCCUUUCUCUAAGCUUUUUAUUUAUUUUGCCUUUUUUUCUAAUGGGGAGAAUUUGUAAAUACUAUAUAAAUGUGUUUUUCAUUGAAUAUAUACUUAGCACUGUAAAGACACGUUUAAUGAAGGUUUCAAGUAAGGCUGUUGCAGUUUGAAUAGCAUAAGACGUUGAAGACGUCAGUGUAGAAUGGUAAAAACACACUGCUACUCAAUGGUCAGACAGAUCUGAAAUACUCAAAUCAUGCGAAUGAAAUCUACAAAAGGUAUCAGUUUAAAUCUGACUCAGAAGUUCUGUCAGAUUUUAUUUAUGAACCGUAAUAUUUUUAUCCAGGAAGUCAUCGUUAAAGUUUUCUAUGUUUUAUACAUCUCAACAGAAAUACAAUGUAGUGAAACCUACUGCACUUAAGUUUUAGCAGUUGUUUUCAACUCCAGACCCUCGUGUUAACUUCUGGUGCAAUGUACUCCUGUGCAGUAGGGCUACUUAGAAGAUAAUGAACAACUCCAAGCGCAAAUCUCUCUUUGGAGCUCCCCAAUGAAGUUCCUGCCAUUUUAAUCAUUCCAUUAUAAGACCUGAAAAUCUCUGUUUCUCUCAAAAUACUGCCAGGUUUGUAAUUGAUUGCCUGUCUGAUUUUUUUAUACGUACCUGUGAUCUUCAUUUGUACUGCAUAGUUUAGUGAAUUAAGCCCAUAGUUCUGCUGUAUUGGAAAUACUAUCAAACUAUCUCCAUGUUGCUUUGGGUGUCAUGCUAUGAACACCUUUUGUGCACAUGAAUAUUUUACUAUGGAAAUCUUGCAGAAGAUGUUUUUGCUUUCAAAACACAAGAUCAUAUUUAUAUGUGCUCUAUGCUACAACACAUUAUCUGUUACUGGUGUGAAAUAUAGAGUAGAAGAAAUUAUGCAGUUAUGGUUAAACUGAUAUACCUACUGUUUUGUUAGCUGAUCACAUCUUCAGUUCUGAUAACAACUGUGCCCUACUGCAUGGAAACUGCAUUGUUUUAUGAUUUGAAUGGAACUUAGAGUAGGAAAGGUUUACAUUUCAAUGGUUUUAGUGGCCACUGCGUAAAGAGUGCUUGGGGAUAUAUUCUGAUUCCGCUUGUAGACUUCCGCACUCAGCUCCCUGGGUAGUGAGCAGAGAGUUCAUUCCAAGGAGACUCUGUGCACAGCUCUUAGUCGUAGCUCCCGGUGACUCUUAAGGGGAUUUCUGCCCAGGGGAGUCUGCAGAACUCCAUCCUCCAGAGGAGUUUUCCACGUUGUUCUCCUUGGGUUACCUCUCGUUGGUUGCAAUUGCUGAUAAAGUUAUAUUGCACUACUCUGACAAUACUUUUUGAAGAGACUAUUUAGAAAUACUUUGCAAGCAGAUGUAUAUAUCUUUGUCUAAAGAGUUCUAUGUUAGUUGCAUUGCUCCUGAAAGGCCAUUCUGAAUUUAUUUUACAGAUACAUUGAUAGCCAAUUUCUGAUGUAAGAGUUAUUUUGAUCUUGUUUCUUGUGUUUGAAAAAACGCCAAUCAACCAUUCUGUAGAGAAGCCUUAGGCCUAAAUAUGCUAUUGUUACAUCAUGACUUUAAAUGAAUUUAUUUGCAUAACUUAUGUAGCCACCUUUUCACUUUGUGUUUCCCAAAGAGUAACUUGCUAUUCAUGACAACAGAUUUAUUUAUGAGCCUUGUUUAAAAAGAAAAAAGAAAAAAAAAAAAGAAAAGAAAACUUUUGACCUGACAAUGUGCAAAUAUUUGUUGCCAGUUUUUGGUUUUGCUUAGUUCUUUGAUACAUUGCAAGCCUUGUACCUUCUUAAAAGUGCCCAUCAUUCUGUGUGCGACGUCCAGCUGAGUUAUUUUGUUUUUGUUUUUCCUGUACUCAAUUUCAGAUGUCUUCUUUGGUGGUUAUGUCUUGAACACACAUUUUCUGCAUUAAACACAGUUUUAUGCAUCUCUCUA